CCUUUGCCGUGCACUGAUGCAAUUACCGGUACGGUACAUGUAUCCUGCAGGAAAAAAAUCUUUACACGAGUCGGCGUUUAGUUUCUUCAUUUUUUCACUCUUCUGUCCAUUAGAGAAUCACACUAUUAUAAACAUGUCACUGGUCCAGACGAGAGAAAAGCGUGCCAAUGCUGGCAGCAAGAUGCACAGACUCCUUGCUGAAGAACAAGAGGAUGAAUUCUAUAAAACAACUUACGGAGGUUUCCAGGAGGAAUCCGGUGAUGAGGAAUAUUCUAGUGAGGAGAGUGAAGCAGAUUCAUCAUCUGAUAGUGAUAUUGAUGCCCCAGAGGAUGAUGAACCAAUCAGUGAUAGUGAUGAUGAUGGACCAAAGAGAAAACGAAGAGUGGUUACCAAAUCCUACAAGGAGCCUGCCAAGAAGCCUGUCAUGAAGAAAUCUCCCACAAGUCACACCCCAAAGGAAAAGAAAGCGAAAAUUACCACACCAAGCAGUAAGAAGAAGAAACAUUACUCCAAGGAAGAUUCCAGUUCAGUUCGCAAGUCAAGCAGACGGUCAACCAUCCAACGGGUGAAUGAGUUUGAGCUUCGGAUCAAAGAGCGCGAGACCAAAGCACAGAUCAUCAAACAACAGAAGACAAAGAAGAACGUUCCAGAGAUGAGACGACUCACUCAAGAGGAGCUCCUUGCCGAGGCUAAGAUCACAGAGAAGAAAAAUCUUCACUCUUUAUACCUAUUCCAACAGCUAGAAGAACAGAAGAAAAAGACGAAAGUGUUCAAGAAAGGAUUCACAGGGCCAUUUAUUCGCUUUCAUUCCACUACAAUGCCGGUUGAACCAAAGAUCCAGGAAAUAGAUGUUAAUGUUGACAAGUUGGAGCAAACAGGGUUGACACAUCCAGCAACAAGGGGAAAGACAAAAUCAGCGGAAAAGUGCUGUAGGAACUUCAUAACAUACAGUGAACCGCAACUGUUUAAGGAGAGUUUUCCUCGUGGUCGAAAGAGGGCUCCCCCUAAACAGCUGUGCCCUAUCACAAGGUAUCCUGCCAGAUAUGUCGAUCCAGUUACAGGUAUUGCCUUUGCCACCAAGCAGGCAUUCAAGAUUAUACGAGAGACUUACGCUACCGAGAUAGAGGCUGCCAUGUCUGGAGAGGUCAAACCCAGGAAAUCAAAAGGUUCGUCCAGUUUGAAAGAAGAAGGAUCAUGAAAAGACAUAAAGGUUUCAUAAACAGAAACACAGAAACUGAUGUGAGGCUAUAUAAUAUUAAUGAUAAUAUGCAACAUUUAGCGCUUAUUACAAUGUUUCUAAGUGCUGCAUACUAUUACCCUGGCUACCCUAUUCAGUUGUUCAAGCAGUCAAGGAAUUUCUUCUUACCUGGUACCAAGUGGCAUAUUUAGAACA